AUGGAAGCCGACUCCACUUUGCGUGGGAUUGUGGUAAGAGAGACCGAGGAUGAGGGGGAAGUAAGGGGGGGGGGGGGGGGGGGGGGGUUUGGUGCAGGGAACCACUAAAUAGACGAGGAGUUAAAGAGAACAACUUUCUAUUGAGUGACUGGUUAGGUGGCUGAAAGUGUCAAAUCAAUGGUGGACAGAGCUGGUUAAAUGACAGAGUGGACACCGUGAUCCUCUGGUGAUCCUGCUGAGAGAAUCCCCUGACCGUGUCCCUAAAUAACUGCAGCUCUGGGGCUGCUUGCCAGGCGUUGGUCUCUUUGUCACAGAGGGAUUGUCCUGUAGGAUUCUCCCAUCUCAGCCCAAGAGAUGUUUUUCUCUGUACUUCCCUUUGUUUUUGGUGGGGAGCCCAGCCUGCAGGAGAGGGCUUAUGACUGGAAGGUGGAAGGGUUGAUUGAUUGAUGCAGUUUUGGAGCCCAGGGGAUCCAAUCAUGUAAUCCAUUUGUAAUUAUUGCUGCUGUGUCUAUUGAGAGAGCAUUGUGAGUCUGCCAGUGGCUGUGUGCACUGUCCUGUCACACAGGGAGAUUUGUUGAAGUCCAACCUGAGCUUGGUGCUGCAGAUUUGUACUGUCCAGAAUGGAGAAUAUGUUGUUUAUUAUGGGCUUCUCACAUCUGCUCCUUAAUGUCUAUUCCUCUGCUUAGUCACCUGUCAUACUAUAUUUAGAUGAGUAUUGUAUUUAUCUAAGAAAGUACAUUGAAUGAUAUUUGUGUGCUGAAUUCUUAACAGCCAUUAAACUUGAGAUUGUACAUUUAAUGAGGAUCUUCUCUCUCUCGGUUGUCGAAUUUGAAGGUUUAUUCAUUUUUUCAGUCAAGUCUCAGGGUAGAUGUGAUAAUAAUGUACUGUUAUGUAUGAAGCAAUUCAGAUGUCUGAUGUAGCCUACUAAUGAGGGCAGUGUUUUCUGUGUAUUAAUGGAAAUGUGGCCACUGGACAGAAGGGGGUAGGGGAAGGGAAUUCAAUUCUCUGUUUGGAAGUAGGCGCCUAUCUGCCUGCAUGCUUUUAAUGAGCCCCAAAAAGGUGGUGGUUUGAAAGUCAUGCCAAAGUCAAAUCUUUAGAGUCUGGUUAACUUGAAAACAAGCCAGAAACAUGCAAUCACCAGUAACAGCAUUAACUAAUCAUUGAUUAGGGACAACAUUACAAAGCCAAGCUAAGACUACAGUAAUCCAUAGGUAUCUUUGGUCAAAACCAUCACUUUAUUUCAUUUUCAAGCAAACAGAUGUAAUUGACGAGGCCUAUGUCUGUCUCUCUCUCCUCCAGAUCCGAGUGGAUGGGCCUCCUGAGGGCGGGGUGCAGUAUGAGACCCUGACCGUGAUGACAGGUGGCAGUCCUAUCCUCCGAGAAUUGGCCUUCACUCUGGACCGCAACUCUCUCUACGUCAUGUCUGACAAUCAGGUGAGGAAUCUCCCAUUCCCUGCUUUAUCAGAAGCAAAUGUUUAUAGGUUAAUAAGACCCUUUACUAUGAAUAGAAUGAUGUAAUGAAUAGAAUGAUGUAAUGUACUGUAUGGGUUCAAAGUUUUGAUGAAAAGAAAAAUAAAGAAAGAGAUGAUUAGCAAACAUUAUUAUGGCUCAGGGUUAUGUGUAUUAUAUACACUAUAUAUACAAAAGUAUGUGGACACCCCUUCAAAUUAGUGGAUUCGGCUAUUUCAGCCACACUCAUUGCUGACAGGUGUAUAAAAACCGAGCACACAGCCAUGCAAUCUCCAUAGACAAACACUGGCGGUAGAAUGGCCUUACUGAAGAGCUCAGUGACUUUCAACAUGGCACCGUUAUAGGAUGCCACCUUACCAACAAAUCUGUUCGUAAAAUUUCUGCCUUGCUAGAGCUGCCCCGGUCAACUGAAAGUGCUGUUAUUGUGAAGUGGAAACGUCUACGAGCAACAACGGCUCAGCCACAAAGUGGUAGGCCACGCAAGCUCACAGAACGGGACCGCCGAGUGAUGAAACGUGUAGCGGUUGCAACACUCACUACCGAGUUCCAAACUGCCUCUGGAAGCAAUGUCAGCACAAGAACUGUUCGCCGGGAGCUUCAUGAAAUGGGUUUCCAUGGCUAAGUAGCCGCACACAAGCUUAAGAUCACCAUGCGCAAUGCCAAGCGUCGGCUGGAGUGUAAAGCUCGCCGCCAUUGGUCUCUGGAGCAGUGGAAACACGUUCUCUGGAGUGAUGAAUCACGCUUCACCAUCUGGCAGACGAAUCUGAGUUUGGCGGAUGCCAGGAGAAUGCCAUCUGACUGAAUGAAUAGUGCCAACUGUAAAGUUUGGUGGAGGAGGAAUAAUUGUCUUGGGCUGUUUUUUAUGGUUCGGGCUAGUCCCCUUAGUUCCAGUGAAGGGAAAUCUUAACACUACAGCAUACAAUGACAUUCUAGACCAUUCUGUGCUCCCAACUUUGUGGCAAUAGUUUUGGGAAGGACUUUCCUGUUUCAGCAUGACAAUGCCCCUUUGCACAAAGCGAGGUCCAUACAGAAAUGGUUUGUCGAGAUCGCUGUGGAAGAACUUGACUGGCCUGCACAGAGCCCUGACCUCAACUCCAUCGAACACCUUUGGGAUGAAUUGGAACGCUGACUAUGAGCCAGGCCUAAUCGCCUAACAUCAGUGCCCAACCUCACUAAUGCUCUUGUGGCUGAAUGGAAGCAAGUCCCCGCAGCAAUGUUCCAACAUCUAGUGGAAAGCCUUCCCAGAAGAGUGGAGGUUGUUAUAGCAGCAAAGGGGGGAUCAACUCUAUAUUAAUGCCCAUGAUUUUGGAAUGAGAUUUUCGAAAAGCAGGUGUCCACAUACUUAUGGUCAUGUAGUGUAUAUAACGAGAAUUGAAAAUAUUAAAGAUAUAUUUGAUCUUGGGCUCUUCUUCAUACAUCUUGGUACUACUGUACAUUUUAAAUUCUUCUCUGAUAUUAUAUUAUACGUACACUUCAUGUUGGGUUGUGUGUAAAAUAUGCAGGGCAUGUUCAGACAGAAGGACAGAUGCUCUAAUUACUCACCCAUGUGCACCGACUAACAUGCAUCUCAUACUACACACAUCCCAUAGAAAACCAUUACAAUUCAAUACAUCUACACACAUCCCACAGAAAUUACUUGACUUUCAUGUAUCUUCUAAUCUACAUGCUACACACAUCCCAUUGAAAACCAGACAUUUCAUUGGUUUGUGGAUGUUUUUUGGUGUUCUCCAGUUGGGCCAGCAUCACAGCAGCUAGCAGAGCAGUUGUUGUUGGUAGAUAACCUCUGGACUCUUUGGAGAUAAGAGGGAACAGUGGUAAUCACUUUCAACUCCCAUCAAGUGAUUAUUCUGGCACAGUCACAUGACAUUGUGUAAUGGGAUUAGAUUUCAGUACGGCCCAAAGUCCUGCUAUCACUGCUACACUCACUUGUCUCCCGACUGUUGGAAUAUAUUUUGAGACUAAACUGAUGGACAAAGAGGCAGAGGGUGUUUGGACAAUACAGGCGGCAUAAAUUAGUUCAAUGUGUCUGGAAAUAAUCUAUAAACGUCAAGUGAAGGCAGAAAUGAGGAUCUCUGUGAGAAAUGAGGGAGAAACAGGCACAGGCAUUGUACAGAAGUGUCUCUUGAUAGAAAUCAAGGCAGCACUUCCUAGAAUGUGAUGGACUGGAAGAGACAGGACAUCACUUAUUGAUGAGCCCUGGUUGUUCAAGGAGACACACAUGCUCCCUUCAAGUAGAGACUCUUCCCAUUCGGACUGUAGUAUGAGAACAUGAACGAAUGUAACCAACCAAACCAGCCCAUGGCCAUCCACUCUCUUUCUCCUAAUAUUGGAAUCAUACAGUCUGCGUGUGGCUUUUGGCCCCUAGGGGCCAGGAAUGGUGUAAAGCCUUCCUCCUGUUCGCUUAUUCCAAAUCAGGCCUUCCUAGAGCUUUACAGAGGAAUUCCAGGAGGAGAGGGGCUUGCUGGGCUACUCUCUCAGAUUUCCUGCUUUCCCAGCCGAUCCCAGAGUAUGGGGAUUUUUGGAUUUCUCUGAGCAAAACAAUAGAUAAAUUAUGUGGAAUGAGGAGCGAGGCACAGACAGAUUUGACUGAGAUCAGGCGACCCUCACAGAAUAACAAUGAGCCUCUCUGUCUUCUGCCGAGCAUGAUGAUGCAGAGUGGAGAGGAACGGAGUGUGUAUGUGUAUGUGUGUGUGUGUGUGUGUGUAAGUAGUUGAAGAUUAUUUUAUUUUUAAAAAACCUUUAUAAUAGUUGAAUGUCCUCAGGUUGAUUAUUUGUUGAAACAUCUAUCCCUGCUUCACUUAGGUUGGAGUCAUUAAAACUUGUUUUUCAACCACUCCACAAAUUUCUUGCUAACAAACUAUCGUUUUGGCAAGUCGGUUAGGACAUCUACUUUGUGUAUGACACAGGUAAUUUUUCCAACAAUUGUUUACAGACAGAUUAUUUCACUUAUAAUUCACUUUAUCACAAUUCCAGUGGGUCAGAAGUUUACAUACACUAAGUUGACUGUGCCUUUAAACAGCUUGGAAAAUUCCAGAAAAUGAUGUCAUGGCUUUAGAAGCUUCUGAUAGGCUAAUUGACAUCAUUUGAGUCAAUUGGAGGUGUACCUGUUGAUGUAUUUCAAGGCCUACCUUCAAACCGAGCCGACUAGGUGAAAAAUCUGUCGAUGUGCCCUUGAGCAAGGCACUUAACCCUAAUUGCUCCUGUAAGUCGCUCUGGAUAAGAGCGUCUGCUAAAUGACCAAUUUAUUUUUAUUUAUAAACUCAGUGCCUAUUUGCUUGACAUCAUGGUAAAAUCCAAAGAAAUCAGCCAAGACCUCAGAAAAAAAAUUGUAGACCUCCACAAGUCUGGUUCAUCCUUGGGAGCAAUUUCCAAACGCCUGAAGGUACCACGUUCAUCUGUACAAACAAUAGUAUGCAAGUAUAAACACCAUGGGACCACGCAGCCGUCAUACCGCUCAGGAAGGAGACGCGUUCUGUCUCCUAGAGAUGAACAUACUUUGGUGCGAAAAGUGCAAAUCAAUCCCAGAACAACAGCAAAGGACCUUGUGAAGAUUCUGGAGGAAACGGGUACAAAAGUAUCUACAUCCACAGUUAAACGAGUCCUAUAUCGACAUAACCUUAAAGGCCGCUCAGCAAGGAAGAAGCCACUGCUCCAAAACCGCCAUAAAAAAGCCAGACUACGGUUUGCAACUGCACAUGGGGACAAAGAUCGUACUUUUUGGAGAAAUGUCCGCAAGUCUGAUGAAACAAAAAUAGAACUGUUUGGCCAUAAUGACCAUCAUUAUGUAUGGAGGAAAAAGGGGGACGCUUGCAAGCCAAAGAAAACCAUCCCAGCUGUGAAGCACAGGGGUGGCAGCAUCAUGCUGUGGGGGUACUUUGCUGCAGGAGGGACUGGUGCGCUUCACAAAAUAGAUGGCAUCAUGAGGAAGGAAAAUUAUGUGGAUAUAUUGAAGCAACAUCUCAAGACAUCAGUCAGGAAGUUAAAGCUUGGUUGCAAAUGGGUCUUCAAAAUGGACAAUGACCCCAAGCAUACUUCCAAAGUUGUGGCAAAAUGGCUUAAGGACAACAAAGUCAAGGUAUUGGAGUGGCCAUCACAAACCCCUGACCUCAAUCCUAUAGAACAUUUGUGGGCAGAACUGAAAAAGCGUGUGCAAGCAAGGAGGUCUACAAACCUGACUCUGUUACACCAGCUCUGUCAGGAGGAAUGGGCCAAAAUUCACCCAACUUAUUGUGGGAAGUUUGUGGAAGGCUACCCAAAACGUUUGACCCAAGUUAAACAAUUUAAAGGCAAUACUACCAAGUACUAAUUGUGUGUAUGUAAACUUCUGACCCACUGGGAAUGUGAUGAAAGAAAUAAAAGCUGAAAUAAAUCACUCUGCUAUUAUUCUGACAUUUCACAUUCUUAAAAUAAAGUGGUGAUCCUAACUGACCUAAAACAGGGAAUUUUUACCAGGAUUAAAUGUCAGGAAUUGUGAAAAACUGAGUUUAAAUGUAUUUGGCUAAGGUGUAUGUAAACUUCCGACUUCAACUGUACACUUCAUUGAAUUGUAAUGGUCUGUCUGUAGCAUGGGGUCAGAGGGGCAAUCUCUCUACAAGUGCUGCACUGUAAAAUGUGAAAUACUCACUCUAAUUCCUUCAAAUCCCCCAGUUUCACAUUUGGUGUUUUGUGUAUAACUCCAUCUCUGAGAGUACCAUUGUUUAGGACACAUUAGAUAACAAAUUCCCCUCUUAUUUCCCUUUUAGUCAGUAUAAUUAACCUGAAGGCAAUAGCUAUAACCCAGGUGAAAUGAAACAUCAUCAUACAGGCUACACAUCGUACAUACGAGGCUGCCUGUAGUGCUUAUAGAGCAGGGCUCUCCAACCCUGUUCCCGGAGUGCUAACGUCCUGUAGGUUUUCGCACCAACCCUAAUCUAGCACACCUGAUUCUAAUAAUUAGCUGACUGAUUAGCUGAAUCAGGUUAGUUACAACUGGGGUUGAAUCGAAACCUACAGGAGGGUAGCGCUCCAGGAACAGGGUCAGAGAGCCCUGUUAUAGAGGCACCCGUGACCCGUCUCAUCAAGGGCCAAAGGCAGAGGAGAAAAUGCUUCGUUUCUGUGCUUUUUGUUGAGUGUGGUUUGGUCUGACUUUGUGUGAGCUUGUUUGGACAGGAAGGGUUAUCAGUCUCUGUCCUGGCUUCCCCCUGACCCGUCCUUAAACCUUUUGUUAUCCCUGUCAAGGGGUCAGCAGCUGUGAACACAACAGGUCAGGGAGGAGAGUAACCUCUAGCCAUGUCCGUUAGUGCCCUCUGUCUGUCCUCCCACUCACCUUCACCCAGCAGAUCGACUAGACACAUAAUAAGCUGAUGGUUGAUGGAUAUGGUCAGUUGAAUUCACAUUUAACACUUACAUUUCAUUGACAAUGACAACUUUUGAAGGCAGAGGGGAAAUCGCAUUACUAGCGUUAGCGCAAUGACAUGCUAGCUGUUCCCAUAGACUUCCAGUCAUUGAGCCAAUGACUAUCCAUUUAAAAGCGCGUCUCAGCAGAAAUAUAUAUACUUUUUUUUAAACACUUUUUAAAAUUAAUAUAGGGGAAACUGCUGUAAGAGCAUGAUAUAAGAUGAUGAGAAUUGCAUAAUAUAGCUAAAGCUGACAGAUGCAGAGUGGAUCAGAGUAUAUGACUUAAUAAUAACAUACCACACCAUUAUUAUAACCAUCCAUAGUUCUCUCCCUCUCACUUUCUCUUGCUUGCCUGCCCCCCCCCCCCCCCCCCCCCCCCCCCCCCCCCCCCCCCCCCCGUCCCCCCCGCCCCCCCCACCCCGUCCCCCCCCCCCCGUCCAUCCCUUCUCAAAAUCAUUUUGCUAAUAGAAUGCACUGGAUGUGUUCUGAACUCUUAAAAAAAGAAAAAAUGAUUUUGCGGGAAGUGGCAGAUAAUCAGAUUUGCUAACACAGACCUGGGAGAGAACCCACUUACGCUAUCAAGUGCAGCGGAGACGCUCUAAUCCAUAAUCCACUCUUCAUUUGUGAUUGCUUACAUCAGGAAAUUGCUUGCAUGGUCCGUCAAGGGGGAGAAUAAUCAAGUAUAAAAUAGCAAAGCUUCAACCUGUUUGUGUAUGCACUGGCUGGCGCUGCCCACUCAACUGCAAUGUCUGUCACAGCAGCUAAUGGAGAGCGUAUGCUUUGCCAGGUGUCCUCACAGAGAGGUGGUGGUGGUGUGUGUGUGUGUGUGUGUGUGUGUGUGUGUGUGUGUGUGUGUGUGUGUAUGUGUGUAGGCUGAUCUAGGCUGUGAGCUCACCCAUGGAGGUCAGGCUUAUAUUUGCUGUGGCUUUUCUCCUUUCUCAGCCUGUUUGCCAGAGCUACGUUCUCUGUUGAACCCCCCACAAUCAAUCAGCUGAAUCAAUCUGAUUUCACAGACUACCAGGCUUUUCUCCAUUUCCUUAGAUCAUGUAAACUGUGUUUCAUGGGUCAAGCCAACAGGAAAUACACUAUUUCAGUGGAUACAUGACAUUUAUCACAUACUACACACAAUUAACCAGCUAAACAAGUCAUGAAGCAAUUAUAUAGAGCAAUAUGUUUUACACUAAUUGUAAAUGACAUGCUACUCAUAUCUAUGUGUAUGUGAAUGUUGUAGCCUCCAUGGCCUCUGUGCUGCAUCUAAACCUUCCUCUGUUGUGUUUUAGGUGACCAAGGUCCCAGUGGAGGCAUGUGAGCAAUAUGGGACCUGCGGAGAGUGUCUGAGCUCUGGGGAUCCUCAUUGCGGCUGGUGUGUCUUGCUCAACAUGUAAGUCCACUACCACACUACACUUAAAAAGGCACGAUGACCAUGGUUUAAAACACCAAUCACAUAACUUACCAGUAAGAGUUUAUAAAAUCCCUCCAAUAGAAAAUGGUGCUAUUGAGCACACAGAUAUAGACAGACUGUCUGUCACUGCUAGUAUGGGGGGACAGAAUGAGAUAAUGGGCACAGAGUAUAGAGGGAUUACAGGGAGUAGACAGGGUAACCCACUGGGCUGCUGCAACCUCUAUAACAAUUCAGUCUUUGAGAGAGUGGGCUUAACUUUUACAUCUUAAUUAUCUGACCGGCAUGUUAGCUUACGUAAUAGAACAGGACAGACCAGAAGGGAUUCAGAAGAUUAAAACCCAGGCAAUGUUUCUGGAAAUGUCCUGAAACAGACCUCAGAAAGAAUGUAAUAUGCUGUAUUUUUUGGCAUUUGCAUUUCAGCAAUCUCUACGAUCAUCAUUAUCUAAAUUGCAGCUCUUGGAGAGCAUCUUAUCACCCUACUUGACUAGCAAAACACAGAAUGGAUUAUACUGAACAAAAAUAAAAAAACGCAACAUGUAAAAUGUUGGUCCCAUGUUACAUGAGCUGAAAUAAAAGAUCCCAGAAAUUGUCCAUAUGCACAAAAUGCUUAUUUCUCAAAGAUGUUGUGCACAAAUUUGUUUGCAUCCCUGUUAGUGAGCAUUUCUCAUUUGCCAAGAUAAUACAUCGACCUGACAGGUGUGGCAUAUCAAGAAGCUGAUUAAACAGCAUGAUCAUUACACAUGUGCACCUUGUGCUGGGGACAAUAAAAGGGAGCGUGCAAUUUGCAUGCUGACUGCAGGAAUGUCCACCAGAGCUGUUGCCAGAGAAUUUAAUGUUCGCCUCCAACGUCGUUUUAAAGAAUUUGGCAUUAUGUCAAACCUGCCUUAAUAACCGCAGACCACGUGUAACCACACCAGCACAGGACCUCCACAUCCGGCUUCUUCACCUGCGGAAUCGUCUGAGACCAGCUACCUGGACAGCUGAUGAAACUGUCGGUUUGCACAACCGAAGAAUUUCUGCACAAACUGUCAGAAACCUUCUCAGGGAAGCUCAUCUGCGUGCUCGUCAUCCUCACCAGGGUCUUGACCUGACUGCAGUUCGGCGUCGUAACCGACUUCAGUGGGCAAAUGCUUCGAUGGCCACUGGCACGCUGGAGAAGUGUGCUCUUUACGGAUGAAUUCCGGCUUCAACUGUACCGGGCAGAUGGCGUCAUGUGGGUGUCGUGUGGAUGAGCAGUUUGCUGAUAACGUUGUGAACAGAGUGCCCCAUGGUGGUGGGGUUAUGGUAUGGGCAGGGAUAAGGUACGGACAACGAACACAAUUGCAUUUUAUCGAUGGCAAUUUGAAUGCACAGAGACACUGUGACGAAAUCCUGAGGCCCAUUGUCAUGCCAUUCAUCUGCCGCCAUCACCUCAUGUUUCAGCAUGAUAAUGCACGGCCCCAUGUCGCAGGGAUCUGUACACAAUUCCUGGAAGCGGAAAAUGUCCCAGUUCUUCCAUGGCCUGCAUACUCACCAGACGUCACUCAUUGAGCAUGUUUGUUAUGCUCUGGAUUGACGUGUACGACAGCGUGUUCCAGUUCCCGCCAAUAUCCAGCAACUUCGCAUAGCCAUUGAAGAGGAGUGGAACAACAUUCCACAGGCCACAAUCAACAGCCUGAUCAACUCUAUGCGAAGGAGAUGUGUCGCGCUGCAUGAGGCAUUUGGUGGUCACAUCAGAUACUGACUGGUUUUCUGAUCCACGCCCUUAUCUUUUUUUUAAAGGUAUCUGUGACCAACAGAUGCAUAUCUGUAUUCCCAGUCAUGUGAAAUCCAUAGAUUAGGGCCUAAUUUGUUUAUUUCAAUUGACUGAUUUCCUUAUAUGAACUAUAACUCAGUCAAAUCUUUGAAAUUGCUGCAUGUUGCGUUUAAAUUUUUGUUUCUUUAUUCGUAAUUAGUUUUCUUUAGUGCAGUUUCUACUCCAAGUCCCACUAUUAUACCUGUAUGCAUGCCACUUCCAUGAGCUACUAUUCACAAUCUAGCUACUAUUGCCUGAAUUAAAAAUUCAACUUGUCUCUCCAGAGUCAAACAGGGAGUUAGAAAAUGCAACAUGCAGUCACUGUAUAUGCCCACCCAAAGCAUGUGGAGGUAAAGCUCCAUGUGCCCUACAGAGGAGUGUGUGUGUGGUGUGUUAAUGUCUAAGGGGCUAGGACAGGAUAACAAACAGCUCUAUCAAACAUAACAUGGAGGAGGAGAUGAGAUAAAAGGGAAUGAAAGGGCGUCUGGGAUGAAAUGGCUAUCCAGAGGCACUUCAAUUAAUGAGAGGCCAAAAAGUUACUGUCUAUUCUCCCUGUGGAUACAGGCUGUAUCAAGGAGACGGCAGGAACAACAACCAUCCAUUCUGCCUUCAUUGUCUUGUAAUUACAGUUGAGGUCUCUGUGCGCUUUGAAGGCUCUCGUGAGAUGUCACCCUUGACAACAUCUGAGAGUUCAUUAAGCACUGUCUCAUCCCACAGUGUGCAUUACACAUGUAAAAGAGAGACACGCUCUAUUGUUAAAUCCUUGUCAAGAGGAAGCGCGAUCGCUGAGAGAUGCAACCUUGAGAGCCUUUCAUUGUCUUAAGUGCAAUGUUUUUGUAAGAAUUAAUAAUGUCCUGGUUCCCACCCAUAGGUGUGCCAGAAGAGACCAGUGUCAGAGAGCAGAGGAGCCCUUCCGGUUCGCCACUGAUAUCGAACGUUGUGUGAAGGUUAUCGCUCACCCAGCCAGCAUCGCCGUGUCAGCACACAGUGUGCCCGUGAGUCAAAUCUUAACCGUUCAUUCUUUAACUGAUUCUUACAUGUUCUGAGUCUUGAUGGUGGGAAGUGGUCCUGAGUUUUUCAUGACAGACCAGACUGUUCCAAACCAGCUAUCCCUCUCUCAUAUAGCUCCUGUUGGAGGUGAGCAAUGUGCCUGACCUCUCAGCUGGGAUCAGCUGUGCCUUUGGAGAGCAGGCAGAGAUGGAGGGUCAUGUCAACGGCAACAGAGUCAUGUGUCUGUCCCCGUCUGGCAAGGAGGUCCCACACAUACCUGAAGGACAAGGUGAGAAAAGAUAUAGCUCCAAUAUAGAGCCUAUUUCUCUGUGUUCCUCAGUGAUACAGAUGUGACCUCUUUUACAGAGGACCAGCAGUCUGAAUAAAGCCAACCACUGUAUAACCAAAAACCUGGAGAUCCAUAGAUAUACUCAAAAUCAGAUGAAUCCUUAAACCCCCCCCCUCUCUCUAUCUACCAGACUGGUUGGGUGUGGAGCUGCGUCUGAACUCUAAGGAGACAGGUCAAAUGCUGGGCAGUACAGAGGUCAAGUUCUAUAACUGCAGCAUGCAUCACACGUGAGUACAACACUCCCGGCCCACACAUUAUCUGAUCCAUUCAAUAGAUAGUAGAGUACAACCUCAUUAAGGACAUUGAUGUACGCAACCCCACUUAAGUUCAGGCAGAUAGGUAACCCCUAAGUUCAGAUUUAGGUCAACCUUAGGCAGUCAACCCCGCAUUAUUAGCUUGUUUCUAGACUGGUUCCCUGAGGAAAAAGUGGUUAUUUAUGGCCCUCUCAUAAUAAAUAAUAACUUUCGGGGAUUACGUAGAUUACAUUUUCGAUUACAUUUACUUACGUUUAAGAGGUUUUAGAUAACCCCUCCAGAAUCUCACAGUGCAGAUUAAAUUCAAUCUCCAAAGAGAUGGAAAUCUUUUUAAGUGUGUAAAUAAAUGUACAGCUCUUGUGUAUUGCUGGUAGAACAACCUGCAUAUUAUUCUGUACGUAAAUCCGGGACACUCCAUUUAGAAUGAUAUGUUACAUUUCGUAUCAUAUGUAUUCAUUUGUGAACCCCGCUCUGAAUUUGCAGACAGACCAAGCUUGAGCAUUGUAGUUGUGAGCCAUGCAAGGCAGCAUCUACACUAUAUAUACAAAAGUAUGUGGACACCCCUUCAAAUUAGUAGAUUCGGCUAUUUCAGGCACACCCGUUGUUGACAGGUGUAUAAAAUCGAGCACACUGCCAUGCAAUCUCCAUAGACAAACAUUGGCGGUAGAAUGGCCUUACUGAAGAGCUCAGUGACUUUCAAUAUGGCAGUGUCAUAGGAUGCCACCUUUCCAACAAGUCAGUUCAUCAUUGCUAGAGCUGCCUCGGUCAACUGAAAGUGCUGUUAUUGUGAAGUGGAAACGUCUAGGAGCAACAACGGCUCAGUCGCGAAGUGGUAGGCCACAAAAGCUCACAGAACGGGACCGCCGAGUGCUGAAGCACUUAGUGCGUAAAAAUCGUCUGUCCUCGGUUGCAACACUCACUACCGAGUUCCAAACUGCCUCUAGAAGCAACGUCAGCACAAGUACUGUUCGUCGGGAGCUUCAUGAAAUGGGUUUCCAUGGUCGAGCAGCCGCACACAAGCCUAAGAUCACCAUGUGCAAUGCCAAGCGUCGGCUGGAGUGGUGUAAAGCUCACCGCCAUUGGACUCUGGAGCAGUGGAAACACGUUCUCUGGAGUGAUGAAUCACGCUUCACCAUCUGGCAGUCCGACGGACGAAUCUGGGUUUGGCAGAUGCCAGGAGAACGCUACCUGCCCCAAUGUAUAGUGCCAAGGAAUAAUGGUCUGGGGCUGUUUUUCAUGGUUUGGGCUAGGCCCCUUAGUUCCAGUGAAGGGAAAUCUUAACGCUACAGCAUACAAUGCCAUUCUAGACGAUUCUGUGCUCCCAACUUUGUGGCAACAGUUUCGAGAAGGCCCUUUCCUGUUUCAGCAUGACAAUGCCCCCGUGCACAAAGUGAGGUCCAUACAAAAAUGGUUUAUGGAGAUCGGUGUGGAAGAACUUGGCCUGCAGAGCCCUGACCUCAACCCCAUCGAAAACUUUUGGUAUGAAUUGGAACGCUGACUGUGAGCCAGACCUAAUCGCCCAACAUCAGUGCCGGACCUCACUAAUGCUCUUGUGGCUGAAUGGAAGCAAGUCCCCGCAGCAAUGUUCCAACAUCUAGUGAAAAGCCUUCCCAGAAGAGUGGAGGCUGUUAUAGCAGCAAAUGGGGGGACCAAUUCCAUAUUAAUGCACAUGAUUUUGGAAUGCGAUGUUUCGACGAGCAGGUGUCCACAUACUUUUGGUCAUGUAGUGUAGCUCUCUGGCAGGUACAUUCAGGUCCACUUUAACAUAUUAAAAUAAUAGAAAUGUAGUCCAAAGCCUCAUCACAUCCAAUUCAUCAGAAUGAGGUGUCCAUUUGCAGCUAGCAACCCUCUCUGGUCUAUAGUGUGAUUAAUAUGUCAGUCUAAACAGCCUCCCCCUUCUCUCCCCUCCCCCUCUUCCUCACACAGCACAGCAGCAUCAGAUCAGCCUCCAUGAUUAAUUAUCCUGUUCCUGAAAAGGCCUGGCAGGCCACCUCUAUUAAUGCAGAGCUGUUACAGAACAUACUGACUUACUGUGUGCUCAUGGUCUCUCUGAAACAUUGCUGUAUUAACAGUAUGCGUUAGUGGUACAAUGUUGAGGAAACUAACUCUGCUCUCUUCAUGCACUGUAUCUUAGAUGGAUCAUUAGAAACGUACGUUCCCUAAGAGCAUGUGUUUGGCCACAGAGUCUCUGGAAGCAUUUGGAUGUCUGUUGGCUGGUUGGUCAUAUGACGUGUGUAACGUGUCCAUCUGUCCCUCCCUCUGUCUCUGCCCUGCAGGUGUCUGUCCUGUGUGAACAGUACCUUCCGCUGCCACUGGUGUAAAUACCGCAACCUGUGUACCCACAACCCCUCCAGCUGCUCCUUUCAGGAGGGCCGGGUCAAUGCCUCAGAGGUAGCUACAUGGCUAUGGAUAAACAUACACCAGAUUAACCAUUUUUUCUCUAUAAUGCACAUUAACGCAUGUUUACAUUAACCCGUGUUUAAUCUAUCUUUAUAAUUGAAUGGACCUCGAUAGAAACCUGCUGAUGUUGUCUGACCUUUGACUCCUGGCGUACGUUCUACAGGACUGCCCCCAGCUGCUGCACUCUGGAGAGAUCCUGAUCCCAGCAGGGGAGGUGAGACCCAUCACCCUGAGGGCUCGGAACCUUCCCCAACCCCAGUCUGGCCAGCGUGGAUACGAGUGUGUGCUCCACGUCCAGGGAACCAACCACCGCAUCACCGCCCUGCGCUUUAACAGCUCCAGCGUGCAGUGUCAGAACAGCUCAGUAUGUACUGUGUGACCCUCUCUAACACUCCCCCUGGGACCAGCCUCAGCCUGGCUGUGCAUUAUCCAGGACCAUUAUCUCUAGUCUAGUGAAUUGCGUCUGAGGUAGUCUCUGAGCGCAAUCUAAAUCUGAUCUCAUCCCACUGAAAUGAUAUCAGUCAUGCCAUGUCUUGAUUAAAUAAGAAGUAGGUUAUCUGCAGUGGAAUGACUAAAACAGACAUUUAAUUUAUGUCUGAAACCUAACAUGUCCGUGUCAUUCAAACAUACAUCUAGGUCUUUGUAAUAGGGAGAUAAUAGGUUCCCUUGAGGCUCAAUUUUGAGUCGAGACCAACUUCUCAGAUAGUUGACAGUGAGGAUGAGUGGCAGACAGGGCUGCACAGACUACAUGACACACAUUCCAUGUUAAUGCAUCUAUACCUCAAUCUCCUCUCUCACGUCUAGUGAAACGCCCAUUUUCCUCAGCUCUAGAUGAACAGCCUCUCUAGUCCCCAUAGAGUCCUAUCCCAAUGUGGCCGUCACAGUGGAGAGGAGCAGACAGUGGUGAUGGAAAUGACAGGUGGUUAAAAGCCUCCUCUCUCUCUCUCUCUCUCUCUCAGUACAUCUAUGAGGGUGUAAGGAUCAGUGACCUGGCGGUGGACCUUUCUAUCGUUUGGAACGGCAAUUUCAUCAUCGACAAUCCCGAGAAGAUUAAAGGUGCCUGCGCCAUCCAUCAUUGCCUACAAUUGCUGAGGAGUGGAAAACACUCACUCUGUUGGGAUGGAUGGGGUCUAGCCCACGUCAAGGCUUUCACUCUGCCUUCAGAUAAAGUUCACAUGGCACUCACGCUCUACUGUGUUAUUAAGUACUAACCAAUCAUUUGUGCUUUUGUGUUUACCAUUUUGGUUUCUGACUGGUAUAACUCUUUCCAUUAUGCUGCUUGAUUAUGUAUUUUUAGGUUCUGACAAACAGAGUGAAAAACUAACGGACAACUAGUCAAAGCUCAAACCAAGUUUAUUCACCCACUGGGACAAACAGCUGAAAAGACAAAGACAUGUUUACACAAGCACAUAUAUUUAUACCCUACUUCUAUGCAGAGUCUCCUCCUUGCAAAUCUGGACAGCCAACACAUCUCUGUUGCUAGGCAAGACUUUAGUGGUGACUGUACUUUCUCACUCCAUCUGACCUGACCUCGGCCCAAAUUUCCUCACUCCUUCCUAACUCACGGCUGUCCUACCUUAUCUGUGACUGAAACCAGACCGUUGCUCUUCUCCUCUCCAUAGAAUACAUGAGAUUUAACAAUAACAUGUUCUGACAGAAUGUAAACUUUCUGCCCUCCCCUUUCUCACUCAGUAGAUUCCAUCCACUCAGUUCUAAUAGUGUAAGGUAUUUCAAGUUAGAAGUUAGAAUCCAACAGUAUUUGAUUGUAGAAUAGUGCCAGUCAAUAUCUAAAUACUGUCAAAUAUACAAGCACUGAAUGUAAUUCAACUGCAGUCCUCCUCUAUCCCACAGUGCACCUGUAUAAGUGUGGUGCCCAGCGGGACAGCUGUGGCAUGUGUCUGCGGGCUGAGAGGAAGUUCCAGUGUGGCUGGUGCAGUGGAGAAGGCCGUUGCACCAUGAAGCAGCACUGCCCACCCAUCAGCCCCUACGCCAGCCGCUGGCUGAACUUGUCCGCCAGGAAUGUCAAGUGUACCAACCCACGCAUCACCGCGGUUAGAUAAUCAGUCAGACCCUUACCUUUUCCUGCAAACCUCUAUUUUAACGUUCAUCAUUAUCCAUCAUAGUGAUAAGAGGCCUUCUCAGAAAUAACCAGUAAAAACCAUUGAGUCCUUAGACAUGAGCAUCAUAUCCUCCUUCAAAUCAGUACAACACGAUUAAGGAAGGACUAUACCAGACAUACAGCGUGUGCCACGUAGAGUACAACAGUAGCUCUGCAACCAAAUAAAUGCAGCCAUGAGCCAUGCACUAUGCAGCCUAUUUUGUGAGUCUUUUUGGCCCUAACUCCUUCUUUAGUACGAGAGAGACAUAGUGGGUCAGACAGACACAGAGAACUACUGCACCCACUUCAAAGAGCCACAAGCCUUUGAAGUCCCUGUCACAUUAUUAGUGUUUCAGUGGCAGUCUGGGAGUGAAUUGAUUCAGACCCGGGCAGCUACUGCCUGCUGCUGGGAACAGCGAUAGAGCUGCGCUACAGACCUGAAAGGUCUUUGUGUGGUCAAGCCAUUUUAAGGAGAGCUUCUGAAUAGUUAUCUUUGUACAUAGUGAUGCAGUGCAAGUUGUCAUGUUUCGAAAAUGUAACUCUACUUCUGUGCUACUACAAGGCCUACACAUGGAAUAUUACUUAAAGGCUGUAUUUGAACCGCAUGAUUUCUGAUUUAUAUGUUUUCUACCUAUUAUUUUAUCUUCUCACUUGAAACAGUAAUAUACAGUGUUCUGAAGUGUUCUAAAUCUCGCACUUCUCCAUGCCACUGUCUCCUCCCUGUAGGUGAGCCCAGUGGCAGGGCCUCCAGAGGGGGGAACACUGAUCACCAUACAGGGCAUGAACCUGGGACUGUCCUUCUCAGAACUGUUGGGGAACGUGGAGGUGGCAGGGGUACAUUGCACUCCACAGGAAGAGGGCUACAUCACUGCAGAACAGUAAGAACCAACACGCACAGAAGCACCCAGACACACAUGCAUGCACUCACUCAGGCACUUACACACAGACACUUACACGCAAACACACACACACACACACACACACCCACAAAGAAUACAACCAAUGAUAGAGAUAAAGAUAAUCAGCUUGCAGCAGGCUUGCUUUAGUGUACUGAGGAGUAGCGAGCAGAGCUGUUUUGUGUGUCUCUGCGAGGCUGAUGGCACCGCUGUAAUUGAAAUGCGCUGCAUGUCACUGCCUGCAGGGACAAUCUGUAAGCCAUAUGUUUCUCUCACAGCCAUGUCAUUCGAUUGGUCCAUGGCUGAGGGCCCCUUAUUUAUAUCCUUGUAUAAAGGAACAUGCCAGCAGAAAAUUGGAAAACUGACAUAGCAGAGUGUGGCGAGAAGAGGAUUCAUUGGGUCCUGUUAUUGUAGGGGUGAAAGGUUUAUCCCUAAGACAUUUCUGGGACUACUCAUUUAGGCCCCACAUAGUGCUUUAAAGCAUGGCAUUACAACCAUUAUUUUUACUGUAGGUCAGUUUUUAUAAUGACUUAUUCAAUGCGUACUUUAUCUGACAGGCUAACUAAUUUAUGGAGAACACAUUGUUGCCAUGGUGACCGAGGUAAUGGUGGGUGGUAGAGAUGGGGUGUAGUUUAUCAUUGCUAUUCUAUUGGUGCUAUUGGUUUUCCAUUAGGAAGAAAGAUGGCCUUCCAUAUUGACCUACCACUACUAUGAAAGUCUGCCUCAAUCACAUUGACAGGAGAGACCAACAGAAAAUAUCACUUUUUGUUCACUUGAAAAAUGUGUACAGCAAAGUAAUUACUCUCCCUCUCUAUGUGUGUGUCUUGACAGGAUUGUGUGUGAGAUGGACUCUACAUCUCAGGGAAGUGCACCUGGUCCAGUCCAGCUGUGUGUUGGUGAAUGUAGACCAGAACUACGAACUCAGUCCUCCCAGCUCUACUCCUUUGUGGUAUGAUCUGCAUCUUGAACCAUAUAUAGAACACAUCUCUCUACUACAGUAUUAUUGCUCUGGAACAGUUUGCUCUCAUACACUAUUAAAUGAGUCAUCGACAACAGAGUUCACAAAGUACCAUGCCAUGUGGAAUAUUGAGAAAAUGCUCUUUUCCCAGACCCCUACCAUGGUGGGACUGACCCCUUGCCGAGGGCCUGAGUCUGGGAGCACUAAGGUCACCAUUGUGGGGGAGAACCUGGGUGCUGGUAGCAGAGUGAACGUUACCUUUGGAAACCAGACCUGUGAGCUGUACAGGUGAGUGCAGAGGAGAAGGCCAAAAGAGAACCCUCUACUGAAGCUCCUACAAAGACCCUUAUAUAAAAGUGGGGACUUGAUGAAAGUGCCUGUGGAAAGACAAAGCUAGGACAGUGCAUUGUUCUCUACUCUUAUUUUUUGGGGACCUCUUUAAAAAGGCCCUGUACAGUCAAAUACAUGAAUUUCCUGUGUUUUAUAUACACUAAAUGACCAAAAGUAUGUGGACACCUGCUCGUCGAACAUCUCAUUCCAAAAUCAUGGGCAUUAAUAUGGAGUUGGUGCAGGCCAGUCAAGUUCUUCCACACCGAUCUCGACAACCAUUUCUGUAUGGACCUCGCUUUGUGCACGGGGGUAUUGUCAUGCUGAAAGGGCCUUCCCGAAACUGUUGCCACAAAGUUGGAAGCACAGAAUCGUCCAGAAUUUAAUUGUAUGCUGUAGCGUUAAGAUUUCCCUUCACUGGAACUAAGGGGCCUAGCCCGAACCAUGAAAAACAGCCUCAGACCAUUAUUCCUCCUCCACCAAACUUUACAGUUGGCACUAUGUAUUGGGGCAAGUAGCGUUCUCCUGGCAUCCGCCAAACCCAGAUUUGUCUGUUGGACUGCCAGACGGUGAAGCGUGAUUCAUCACUCCUGAGAACGCGUUCCCACUGCUCCAGAGUCCAAUGGUGGCGAGGUUUACACCACUCUAGCUGACGCUUGCCAAUGUGCAUGGUGAUCUUAGGCUUGUGUGAGGCUGCUCGGCUAUGGAAACCCAUUUCAUGAAGUUCCCGAUGAACAGUUCUUGUGCUGACGUUGCUUCCAGAGGCAGUUUGGAAUUCGGUAGUGAGUGUUGCAACUCAGUCCCGUUCUGUGAGCUUGUGUGGCCUACCACUUCGCGGCUGAGCCAUUGUUGCUCCUAGAAGUUUCCAUUUCACAAUAACAGCACUUACAUUGGACCGGGGCAGCUCUAGCAGGGUAGAGAUUUGACGAACUGACUUGUGGGCAGAACUGAAAAAGCGUGUGCGAGCAAGGAGGCCUACAAACCUGUCUCAGUUACACCAGCUCUGUCAGGAGAAAUGGGCCAAAAUUCACCCCUUAUUGUGGGAAGCUUGUGGAAGGCUACCCGAAACGUUUGACCCAAGUUAAACAAUUUAAAGGCAAUGCUACCAAAUUGAGUGUAAGUAAACUUCUGACCCACUGGGAAUGUGAUGAAAGAAAUAAAAGCUGAAAUAAAUUAUUCUCUCUACCAUUAUUCUGGCAUUUCACAUUCUUAAAAUAAAGUGGUGAUCCUAACUGACCUAAGACAGGGAAUUUUUUUCUAGGAUUAAAUGUCAGGAAUUGUGAAAAACUGAGUUUAAAUGUAUUUGGCUAAGGUGUAUGUAAACUUCCGACUUCAACUGUAGAUGUGUGAAAGUUAGUGUAUAAGCUAAUUAUCCAUCAUGUAUGACAUUCCUGGGAGUGUGUAAACUUACAUUUUGUAUUACCAUAUCAUUUUUGUAUGUUCUCUAUAGUUAUGUACUUGAAAAUGUAUCAAUUGACCAAUUCGGCACAUUUGGGUAGACUUGAUACAAAAUAAUCCAGUAUUGCAACGCAUCACUGGAUCAAUCUGAAACUUUGCACACACACUGCUGUCAUCUAGUGGCCAAAAUCUAAAUUGCAAUAUUAUAUUGUGGCCUUUCUCUUGCAUUUCAAAGAUGAUGGAACAAAAGAAAAAAUAGAAAACGCAUGUUUUUUUUGUUUGUAUUAUCUUUUACCAGAUCUAAUGUGUUAUAUUCUCCUACAUUAGUUUCACAUUUCCACAAACUUCAAAGUGUUUCCUUUCAAAUGGUAUCAAUAAUAUGCAUAUCCUUGCUUCAGGUCCUGAGCUACAGGCAGUUACAUUUGGGUAUGUCAUUUUAGGCGAAAAUUGAACAAAAGGAUCCGAUCCUGUUACCCAGAAGUGUUGAUAUUUGAUAAAGAUCAAAAAGGCCCUCGUGAGAGUCAGGAGUGUGAAGAAAAGGCACCAUUAGCUAGAAAUAAUUUCAUCUCUAACGUGUCUCUAGCGAGGAAGAGGCUGUGGAGACAGUGCUCGCUCACCCUGCAUGGUAAUGUGCAUAACUCUGUAGUAGAUUUAAGAUUCCCACACAGUAAAGAGUAGGCACAGACAGAAUCAAAGGAGUUUAACCUUGUUGGUAUUCCCUGUUGGUUUUCCCAGGCGGACCAUGUCGGAGAUCGUGUGUUUCUCUGCCCCCUCUGUGACGGGCGCUGGCCUGGUGCAGGUCAGCCUCAAUGUGGAUCUGGCCAAGGUGCCAGGAAGCCUGAGCUUUGAAUACAUUGAGGAUCCCACAGUCCAGCGCAUCGAGCCAGAGUGGAGCAUCACUAGGUACAGCAAACCCCCCAGCAAAGAAGUUGUGUAUGCAAUAAACUGAUAUUUUAAUAAAUUAUUGAUGUUUUCCCCCCAUUUGGUUCAGCUGUUUAUUACUGAGGGAUAAGGUGAGUGAAGGUGCAAGGCACCACAGCAAUCUGCUCUGCUGGCCUUCCUGUCAAAGAUGAUGCAUGAUACGGCCCAGUACAUCACUGGGGCCAAGCUUCCUGCCAUCGAGGACCUCUAUACCAGGCGGUGUCAGAGGAAGGCCCUAAAAAUUGCCAAAGACUCCAGCCACCCUAGUCAUAGACUGUUCUCUAUGCUACCGCACGGCAAGCGGUACCGGAGCGCCAAGUCUAGGUCCAAAAGGCUUCUUAAAUGCUUCUACCCCCAAGCCAUAAGACUCCUGAACAGCUAAUCAUGGCUACCCAGACUAUUUGCACUGCCCCCCCAACCAACCCCCUCUUUUACGCUGCUGCUACUCUGUUUAUUAUUCAUGGAUAGUCACUUUAACUCUACCCACAUGUACAUAUUACCUCAAUUACCUCGACUAACCGAUGUCCCCGCACAUUGACUCUGUACCGGUACCCCCUGUAUAUAGCCUCCCUACUGUUAUUUUAUUUUACUGCUUCUCUUAUUAUUUGAUAUUUUUUACUUAUCAAUUUUUUUGCUUAACACUUUUUUAUUUUUUGGUUCUUUUCUUAAAAACUGCAUUGUUGGUUAAGGGCUGGUAAGUAAGCAUUUCACUGUAAUGUCUACACCUGUUGUAUUCAGCGCAUGUGGCAAAUACAUUUUGAUUUGAUUUGAUGAUAGUUGGUGCAGGGCUGGAUGUGACUUGAGGACACAGAGACAGCCAGCCAGGGAGAAGUGGUGCAGAGUAGUGGCUAGUGGCUUUCUACUCUGUCAACUGACAGAGGAUUUCACAGACUUAUAAUUAAAGUCCCAUCGUCUCAUCAUCUGUGUGCAGUCACACCAUGUGGCCACCAAAGCUUAGGUACCCUUUGAAGUGUGGGAAUGAUUGGAUCCAUCUCAAGCUGACUAGACAGAUGUUCCACUUUUCCAUUUAGUUUCUCUCUUCUCUUCAGGUCGGUCUCUCUUUAGUCAGAGCUCUACAUGUAGUCCAAGUGAUAUCACAGCUAGUUUGUUUGUGUUAAUACAUGCAACACAAUCAGGUAGCAUUCAUGAAAUGCCAGCCUUGGAUCCCUGAUAUAUCAAUAAACAGGAAGCCAGCUGGCAGAACUGUUCCACUUGGUUCUAACUGGCCAGAACAAUUAGAUGUUUUCCUGGUACCAAAGAUGCAUUUAUGCUGAAAAGCACAAUUCAAUGCAAGUCAGGUGCUUUUGAUAACCCCAGGAAGCCGAGGAAACCUGGAUCACCUAUUCAGAGGCCGAUAUGGAGGUGUAAAAUGGUGUAUGUGUUGUAUUUUCUAGUGGACACACUACCCUGAUGGUGACGGGAACCAACCUGGAUGUGGUGCAGGAGCCGAGGGUCAGGGUCAAGUAUGCCGGUCACGAGUCUGUCAAUGUGAGUCUGUCCACUGAUAACAUAUUACUGUAUCUCUUUCCCCUGUCCAGAAUAUUCUAUAGUCCUGAGAAAUGGUGGCCAACUCUAAUUGUCAUUUCAAAAGUCUUGACAAGUAUUUCUCUGUGCUUGUCUGUCUCUGUCCCUGGAUCUCUCCCCAGGUGUGUAAGGUGCUCAACACCACCACGAUAAGCUGCUUUGCUCCCUCCCUGAAGGCAGAGUACACACCGGACCAGGAGUCAGUGAAACACGUGGAGGAGUUUGGUUUUGUCUUCAACAACGUGCAGGCCCUGCUCACCUACAACAGCACCAGUUUCAUCUACUACCCCAAUCCUUACCUGGAGCCCCUCAGCUUGUCUGGGGUGCUGGAGCAGAAACCUGGCUCCCCCAUCAUACUCAAGGUGGGACCGCCCAGCCUAGAGCAGCCCAUAACUCUGUAGCACUACUGUCAUAAGAUGAUGUGUUCUAUCUACUCACCUGAUGUGGGGUUUUCCUCUCUGUGUUGCAGGGGCGUAACCUGGUGCCCUCGGCAUCUGGCGGGGCCAGGUUGAACUACACUGUGCUGAUUGGGGUCACACCCUGCACCCUCACCGUCUCUGACACACAGCUACUCUGUGAGCCGCCCAACCUCACAGGCCAGCACAAAGUCCUGGUCAGUUUGUCUGUCAGACUGUCUAAUCCUGGUCUAGAUAAACUAAUAAAGGCCCAAUGCAGCCGUUUUUAUAUCAAAUAAUUUCUGUGUAACAAUUAAGGAAGAAUUUUGCUAGGACUGUCUGGGAGUGGUCUGAACGGUGAGGGGAAAACAGAAAAUCUAGCUGUUAAUGGCAGACAGGUUUGGAACUCUCUUUGUUAUUGGUCUUUUAACUUUUUAAUUUACCACCUGGUGAUGUCACCAAGCAAGCCAAAACUCCACCCAUGCAAAACCUGCUGAUUAGAAGGUCUUGAGUAGAUUGCAUUUUCAACCAGCAACUAUCAGGAAAUAACACUGAUAAAAUUCUUUCAGACUUUUACAGUGUUAUUAUCAUCAUCUGUUAUACAAUAUGAUACAAAACACAAGAAAAACUGAAUUUUGACUGCACUGGGCCUUUAAGUCAAAUGCAGCUUGGCCAAGGUCAAACAAAUAUAUAAAAAGGAAACUAUUAUUCAGUAUGGUUUACCUAUGUGUUACAGUUUGCAUGAUGGCCUAUGUACACGUGUGUUUAUCGUUUAUUGUCUAUGUAAAGGUCCAGGUGGGUGGUCUCCACAUCUCUCCUGGUGCAGUCCACAUCCGUUCAGACAGCCUGCUCACCCUGCCUGCCAUAUUCAGCAUCACGGCUGGAGGAGGCCUGCUGCUCAUCAUAGUCUUCAUCGUCCUAUUGGCCUACAGACGCAAGUCGCACGAGAAUGACCUCACUCUCAAACGCCUGCAGAUGCAGAUGGACAACCUGGAGUCCCGGGUGGCUCUGGAGUGCAAGGAAGGUGAGUCUGACCAGCACAUGUUAUCAGACAAUCUCAACUGCCCAUACAAGAGAGCAAUAUAAUGCUAAUAACUCACAAAAAGCUUGAAUAUUGACUAAAUUCCUCUAUAAUUGUGUCCAGCUUUCGCUGAGCUGCAGACUGACAUCAACGAGCUGACCAGUGACCUGGACAGGGCUGGGAUCCCCCACCUGGACUACCGCACCUAUACCAUGAGGGUCCUCUUCCCUGGCUUUGAUGACCAUCCUGUACUCAGGGAGCUGGAGGUAACCAACAAUUACCACCAUUACAAACCUGGCCACACCUGUCCCCUUGCCAUCUACUGUAACUGUGCAUUAUUUGUAGAAUCAGAACAUCUAACAAAUACAUCCAAUAUGCCUAUAAAUCGACAAAUACUUUGUGAGACAAAAACAGAUUAUAUACCCCACGCAAGAUCACUCUCUAACGGAGGGUUCUGUGUGUGUCUCUGUGUGUGUGUAGGUGUCUGGGAGCGGGCAGCAGGGUGUGGAGAAGGCUCUGAAGCAAUUUGCCCAGCUGGUGGAUAACAAAGUGUUCCUGCUGACAUUUAUCCAUACUCUGGAGCUCCAGCGCUCCUUCUCCAUGCGUGACCGCGGCUACGUGGCCUCGCUCAUCAUGACUGCGCUGCAGGGCCGCCUGGAGUACGCCACAGACGUGCUCAAACACCUCCUCUCUGACCUCAUAGAGCGCAACCUGGAGAGCAAGAACCACCCUAAACUACUGCUGCGCAGGUACAGACAGAGAACGCUUGUCACCUGUUUUUCUGAAUGCUGAGAACCUAAUAUCACACAGAAUAACUGUCACAAAUGGAAAGAAAGCAAGAGAGCGUGAGUGUAGACAGCCAUUGUCAGUCUGACUUAUCCUCUAUGUGCCACUCAUGAAACAUUCAGCUGUAGCUCACAUUUCCUCCCCUCCACCUCACUUUAUUCUGCACAUUGUUUUCCCAGGACUGGGAGAAGCCUGCUAAAUCUUUCACAGGAGGCACUCAAUCUGAGACACACUCUUUAAAUAUAGGGAUGUGUUAACAUGGGAGCCAGCAAGGCUGACCUUGUUAGCCCAAACAUUCUGCACUCACAAAAAGAAUCCCAAAGAUAACGGAAUGCAGGCAAUGGGAAAGAAGUGACGGCCAGGUAUAUGCAUGAGAAUGAGCAGUGAGCAGGACCUAGGAGCUAGAAGCAGAGCUGCCAUGUAUAUCGGCACCAUCUUUCGAGAAGGAAAGAGAUGAGCAAGUAAGGAGGCUGCAAUGGAGCUAUAGUAUUAACUCUAAAGGGAGGCAAAAGGUUAAUAUUUAACAAUUAGAUCUUUGAAUGUUUUAUCAGAUAGAACAUACAAGUAUGUUUUAGUGUAUCUAUUGAUACAUAAUAAAUCACUAUCUUGCCCAUACAGCAUUUGAUGAUGGGAUGAGUGCUGCUGACACAGUGAAAGGACAGAAAGUGGUCAGAAAGUAGCGUUUGCACAAUUAUGUCAUGCCCCAAAUAGGUUCUGUUCUAUAGCAGCGGCACUCAGGUUCUGGUGAGUUAGUCCUCUGAGACCAUGCAGAGCAGUAUGGUACUUUUACAUAAACAUUUGGUUGUCUACUGUCCCUCUUAGGCAUUCUCUCUACCUAAAUGGUCAGACCACUCUACGUUCCGACAUCUCUCUCUUAAAGAUGUAUCUGUCUGUUCCUUUCUUGCAGAACCGAGUCAGUUGCAGAGAAGAUGCUGACAAAUUGGUUUGCCUUCCUACUUCACAAAUUCCUUAAGGUAAUAUCAAUGACUUGGCACCUCAUCACUGCAGAUGUCACCAUGAUAUAUCACUGCAAUCCUCUGAUGAUUGUUAUUGAUUAUACACCAGAUGGAUUUCUAUGUGCGUUGGGAUUACACGUGUGUCCCAUGGUGUGUGAUAUGGAUGUGUUUUAUGAACAAUGUAGAGCAAUAAUGUUCACCUCAGAAGUAAUCAGGUCUCAUUGGUCUCUACAAAUCAACACUAAGCAACCUGGAGUUUAUUCUAUUUGAUGACUCAUGCUCUGUUCUCUGGCUCCCAGUCAUAUGAGGGUGAACAGCUCACAGGUAUAUCUCUCUCCUCUCCUUUCCUCUCUCAAUCCUCUCUCACUCCUCCUUUGCUCCCUGGACAAAGGAGUGUGCAGGUGAGCCUCUCUUCAUGCUCUACUGUGCCAUAAAGCAGCAAAUGGAGAAGGGGCCUAUAGACUGCAUCACCGGGGAGGCUCGCUACUCCCUCAGUGAAGACAAACUCAUCCGCCAGCAGAUUGAAUACAAGACCCUGGUGAGUCACCAUACCAUACAACAAUUUGUCUUAGAUGUCAGAUUCCAUUAAAACCACUUGGAAUAUUUUCUUAAUUAUAGUUAACACCAUAAAAGUGAGAGGCUUGCUUACACCACAGUUGGUAGGCGACAUGCUGUGCGAGCCUACCAUUAACUCAUAGUGCCCUUAUGUUAAAGCUCUGAAUAGGAGAGAAUUCAUUGGCUAGAUAAUACAACAGUAAAGAGCCAAAGGAUGAUACAAAUAAUAUUACACUAUUCAGUGACAUAAUCAGCUAAGAGUUAAAAGAGAUUAUCUAAUCAAGGCUACACAGUCCCAGUUUUUGCUUGGCCACUGGAGAAAAUGGUCCGUAGCUAAAGCAGAAGUUGGAUGCAGCAGCAGUGUGGCUCAUCCCCCAAGCAAUAGCCUGAGAGCAGCCCAGUUACAAGAUGACACCUCUCUGAUCGCCCUGCCGGAGAGGUAGUUUCUCAUUACCCAUUUAAUGCCCCUCUAGAGCUGGCAACCCGGCAUCCAGCUGAAAGUGUGAAAUUACAUUUCUGGCCAAAGCUGUGAGAGAGAUGGCACACAAGGAGAGGAGAGCCUUUUCCAUGCAGCCAGUAGGCCAAUUUAAAGAGAGGGACAGUGGAUAGUAAUGACAGCACUCUCUCGGGUCCCUCCUCAGACUCUGAGCUGUGUGAACCCAGACAACGAGAACAGCCCCGAGUUCCCCGUCAAGGUGCUCAACUGUGACACCAUCACCCAGGUGAAGGAGAAGAUCCUGGAUGCUGUCUGUAGGAACAUGCACUUCUCCCAGAGGCCUCGGGCUGCGGACAUGGACCUGGGUGAGACAGACUGGCUCCAGUCAGAAUGAAUGGAUGCCAUACAAUAACUAAUAUUGAGAUAAACACGUGAUUAUUCACUGUCUGCUUGUGUCUGACUUAUUGAACCUUGAAAAGGGACUCAUAGAUGCACACCUGUGUUUUUUCCCCCAACAGAAUGGCGCCAGGGGAGGACGGCACGUGUGGUCCUGCAGGAUGAAGACAUCACCACUAAGAUUGAAGGCGACUGGAAGAGACUCAACACCCUCAUGCACUAUCAGGUCAACCCACUCACUCUCUCUCCAAUCCCCAUCACACAGUUCACUAACAUGAAUGCUCAAUGCUGCCUCUGGCCAUAGUAAACCAAACUGAUCCACCUCUCUCAUCUUCUGUAUGAGUCAGCUGCCAUCUCACUCUGCACUCACAAAUGCUCUGACUCUGGGGUGUAAAACAUGUUUGCAUUAAGCCAAGAGACAAAGACACCCAACUUUGGCUGCCACACCAGGAAGGGGGUUUGAAAGAGGCGAAUGUGUUGAUCAAAUCUAUCAAGGAAGUGAACAAUUUCCCUCGAUUACUUACUUUUAGUCUCUCUGCUGCGUACCUGGUUCUGUGACAGCCCGGUCUGUGGCUCCUGCAGAGCAGCAGCAGUGAAUUCUGCUCACGCUGGGAGCCUGCUUUACUGCAAAAGGCAUGCACACCUCUCUGACCUUCUUAUCCCCUACCAACCCACCACAGGAGGCUGCUGGGGGGAGGACGGCUCAUAAUAAUGGCUGGAAUGGAGUGAACGGAAUUAUUAUGAGCGGUCCUCUCUCCAGCAGCCUCCUGUGGUGGGAUUCACUUACCAUUCCAAAUAUUCAUUUCCAUCCAUUACUAUGAGCCCGUCCUCCCCAAUUAAGGUGCCACCAACCACCUGUGCAACCCACACACUCACUCCGUUCUACCACAGCAGGCCACCUUGUGACUCGUGUCCAGGACCAGGCUCCAGAGCUUCAGCAACAGCACCUUCUCCAGGGUUAAUCCUAGGCUCUGGAGCUCCCUCCCUCCAGCCAUCUGUGACUGAGUUCAUCACUAUCUUUCAGUCCCGCCUAAAGACCCACCUCUUCACCAUGGCCUACCCCCUAAGCUCAAGUUCAUUAUACUGUAUAUCUCAAAUUGUAAAUUGAAUAACUUCUAUAGGUCUUCAUCGGGCCAAAUUCAUCAUAUCAAUGUCAUGUUCUGACCCAAUAAUGUUGAUUUGGGAGUGGGUCAAACUGACAUGAACCCUUGUGUUUUCCGUAUGAAUCCUGCAGGUGUCAGACCGCUGUGUGGUGGCCCUGGUGCCCAAGCAGAUGUCCUCGUACAACCUGCCCUCCUCAGCCAGCUUCCCACGCAGCAUCAGCAGAUACGGUCAGUCAGUCAGGCCUGCCCUGGAGCCACUCUCACCAUCAAACCACUCACUUAACUAUUCAUUAUUCUACCGGACCUACUGAGAUAAUGUUUAGUGACUGUCUGGGUCCCUCGCUCUCUCUCUGCAGAUGUACCGUUCCGCUCCACCCCCACCAGUCCUGACAGCCCUCACUCCCGUGUGCCCAUGCUCACCCCGGACAUGGAGAGUGGGGUGAAAGUGUGGCACCUGGUCAAGAACCACGACCAUGGGGACCAGAAGGAGGGUGAGCGCGGCUCCAAGAUGGUGUCCGAGAUAUACCUGACCAGGCUACUGGCUACUAAGGUAUUCCCUCACUCUCCCCCCAGAGCAUCUUAGCAAUUACAGAUUCAGUAGUUUUGUUCCAAUGCUAUGGUGUGUUUUUAACAUUGCUGUGGUGUUUUCUUUAGGGUACGCUGCAGAAGUUUGUGGAUGACCUGUUUGAGACGUUGUUCAGCACUGUGUGCCGGGGUAGUGCUCUUCCGCUCGCCAUCAAGUACAUGUUUGACUUCCUGGACGAGCAGGCUGACAAGCACGGCAUCCAUGACAUGGAUGUUCGCCACACAUGGAAAAGCAACUGGUGAGGGAGUGCAGAUUUAAUGUGCUACUUGAAAGCAAUAAUGAUUUUAUGCUGAUCGUCUCAAUAUAUAGUCUGUCUAUAAACUGUUAUUUCUCGUCCUCUCUCUGCCCCAGCCUGCCUCUGCGCUUCUGGGUGAACGUGAUCAAGAACCCCCAGUUUGUGUUUGACAUCCAUAAAAGCAGCAUCACAGAUGCCUGUCUGUCUGUGGUGGCCCAGACCUUCAUGGACUCCUGCUCUACCUCAGAGCAUCGCCUGGGCAAGGACUCCCCAUCCACCAAGCUACUCUAUGCCAAGGACAUCCCCAACUACAAGAGCUGGGUGGAGAGGUGAGAUGAGUGUGUGUGUGUUUUACUUACAUCACUCAAAUGUGAUAUUAUUAAUAGAUUCUUAGUUAUUCUUUUACACUGAAAUCACAGAGGAAGACUGACUUUAGUGUCCAGACUACCUUUAUAGCUUACAGUCACACGUGGGCCACCCUCAGCGCCAUCGGCAGAAAAUCGGAGACAUCUGCUUUUCAGGGGAAAAGGAAGAGAGCCUGUGACACGACUUCCGCUUUUGGACAUGCACUUCACUGUUAACAGUCCCCGGUGAAACAUAUACCCACUGGGCACACACUGGUUGAAUCAACGUUGUUUCCACAUUAUUUCAAUGAAAUUAUGUUGAACCAACGUGGAAUAGACGUUGAAUUGACGUCUGUGCCUAGUGGGUAGCAGCUAACGACAUGUUUGCUAGCUUGCGCUCUGAAGUUGUUUCAAUCCGGAAUAUUAACAAGGCAACACUCCAUCUUAAUUCCGCCUCCACAUUUACUGGAUUGGUUGAACAGUGCAGAAGAGAACCUAUCAACAGUUUUUUUUUAUCUCGUCAUGACCAGAAUGUGGGGUAUGUAGUUUCAGGUGUUUCUUUUACACCUGCUACGUUAGGUUACAUGUUGGCUGACAGAACAGCUCAAACCCCCAGACCUGAUGGCUGCUGACAGUACAGUGUGUUUCUGUCUCCUUCUAGGUACUACGCGGACAUAAACCGCCUACCUGCCAUCAGUGACCAGGACAUGAAUGCCUACCUGGCCGAGCAGGCCCGCCUUCACUCCAAUGAGUUCAAUGUGCUGAGUGCCCUCCAUGAGAUGUAUGGCUACGUCAGCAAGUACAGCCAAGAGGUGAGGCCCUAUACAUCAAUAUCUUUACAAAAUACAGUAGGGGGCUAGGGUGGCAUCCAAAACAGGGGCAUCUAGAUUCAAAGUAAGUUAAAGUAUCCCUUAGCCUGCCUAUUUGUAGUAACAGGAGGGUAUUUGCAGUACAAAGUACAGUAACCUUGUGUUCCCCUGCCUGCUUUGCUGAUUUUAUGUCUGUCUUGUAUGUAUAUGUGUCAGAUCAUUGAGGCCCUGGAGCAGGAUGAUCAGGCCCAGAAGCAGAGGCUGGCCUACAAGGUGGAGCAGAUCAUCGCAGCCAUGUCUGUGGAGACAUGCUACACCAGAAGAGCAAGCAGCCCCAAAAGCAGC